AUGAGAAGGGGAAAUUGGAGAAAAGGGCUUAGGGUUUGUGAAAAUCUGAGGUUGGCUUCGAUUUUGGGAGAUGAUAUUUUGUCUUGCCUGAGGAGUUGGUCGGAGGAAGCCAGUGAUGUCCAGACAUCAACUGAAUUGCAGUUUGAAGAUAAUUCUGGUUGUGGAAAACCUGGAACUCUUUCAUCUGCUGAUUUGGGUACAAGGGAUGACAUUAGUGAGAUUUCAAUAGAAGACCAUUCUUCGUCUGCAACUUGGGAAUGA